AUGCUCACAAUAAUAGUCAGCUUGUUAAAUUGGCUGCUCUUCAUCUUCGUCAAGGCGACCAACCAAAACACCACUUUCAGUGUUCCACACGAGUGGACCACGAUCUUUAUGUUUCCGUUCGGGCGACCAACCAAAACACCACUUUCAGUGUUCCACACGAGUGGACCACGAUCCUUAUGUUUCCGUUCGGAUAGUAUUCUAGUUCCAGCGGAGAAGUUCCGUUAUCUGAAAUGA